AAGCUCUGACCGGAAACACCUGGGGGGCUUAUUGUUAAUACCAGCUUCUUGAUACACACUUCUCACCACUUGGUGGCGGUGAUGUGCCAACUCGUUGUUUGCCAACCGCCAAUAAACCUCAAAUGAAGAGGAAAAAUGAACAACAACAACACCUGGGGGCAGGUAGGUGGGGGUGCCGAAGAAGGUAAACGCGGAAGAGAGGAAGAACUGCCCGGUCGGAAGAAAACGUGAAAUUAAAGACUUAAAUGCUGCAGAACAAACAAGAGUAACACGAUGUGUACCGGCCUGUUCCACUGUAAACUUGCCCUGGCCUUUGCUGUGUUGAUGGAUUUAGUGGGAGGAGCUGCUCUGCUGGUGGGAGUCUUCGCCCCUCUGGAGAUCAAAGGACAGGACUUUGGAGAUUUACUGGUCUAUACUGGGGCUCUGUUCGUGCUGAUGUCUCUGGCCGGGUGGGUGCUGUGGUACAGCGGAAACAUUGAGGGGCUGACGCAGCAGAAGGAACUGGGACAGGUCGGCAAGGCCGUCGACCGGCUCGCCCGCACUGUCAGCCGCAAGAUCCACACCUACAGGAGCUACCACUGAGGUCCGAGGAGGAAGUCCAGAGGCCCUUUCAUUUUAAAACUCUGAUGAUGCCUGUGUUAGUCAGUAUUAAUGUGAGAUAAAGACACUUAAGACAGAUUGCUUGUGUAAAAACACCCUCUAGUGUUAUUAGCCUGUCAGAAACAUUUCAGUUGAAGGCUGGUUCUGUUACAAACUCAAACUGUACUGUUAAUGUGUUACUCUGAGCAGUAUUUUUGAGGUUUUUAUUUUUUUUUUUGGUUAAUGUGUCAGUAAAGCUGUGGUCUCCUGUUAGAUUUCAAUAAAAACCUUUUCA